AUGGCCUGGCGCUGUUCAGGCGGCACGAAUGCCGAGCUGAUUGCCAACAUGCGCAAUGCAUCGCUCAUCACCUCAUCUCGCGUCUACGAAGCUAUGCUCAAAGUGAACCGAGCCAACUAUGUGCCUUCCCAACUAAGCGCGUACCAAGACUCUCCGCAAACGAUCGGCUUUGGCGCCACCAUAUCUGCCCCACACAUGCAUGCACAUGCAGCCGAAGCCCUGCUGCCUUUCCUCCACUCCCAAGCAAACGUCCUCGACGUCGGCUCUGGAUCUGGCUACAUGCUGGCCAUCUUCCACCACCUCGUCGACAACGGGAAAGUGAUCGGCAUCGACCAUAUUCCGGGACUCGUGGAUCAGGCCAAUGCGAAUCUAGAGCACGAUGGUCUCGGUGCAGAACUCAAGAAUGGAAAGAUUGUGAAUGUUUGCGCGGAUGGCAGAAACGGCGUCGAGGCACAAGCACCGUUCGAUGCGAUCCAUGUCGGAGCUGCUGCCCCUGGCAUCCCACAGUCGUUGCUGCAUCAGUUGAAAGCUCCCGGAAGGAUGUUUAUCCCAGUAGCAGAGCAGGACGGAUCGGGCGAACAGAACAUCUAUCAAGUCGACAAGUCCGAGACAGGCGAGAUCACAAAGACCAAAAUCUGUGGCGUGCUCUAUGUGCCCCUUACGGAUGCUGCCAAGCAGUGGAGAGCGUAA